UAGAGCCGCCGCCGCCGCCGCUACUGCAGCUGGACCAGCCGCCGCCGCCGCCGCCGCCUCCACCGCUACCGCCAGUCGCGCUUCUUGCAGCCGCUUCUUGCACCUCCCUUUUCAUCACCCGGACUCCGCAACCUUACUGAGUGCAAGCGAGAGCGGCUGAUCAGCUAGCUGCCUGCACGCUUCCCCUCCCUUGCACCCCCAGCACCCUCCACCCCUGUCUGGGUGGUUGGUGACCUCCCUCCCCACUCCUGGCAAACCCUCCUUGAAGCCCGCACGCACCUUGGGCGACAACCCCGGCUGAGACCCUCUGUCUGUCUGUCUGUCUGUCUGUCUGUCUGUCUGUCUGUCUGCACCACCUUGCUCCGGCAGCUUAGGCGGGCGUUUGGGGACUUGGCCACGCCGGGCGCACAGCCUCCUUCUUGCAAGGCAAGGCAAGCCAAAGCCAAAGCCAAAGCAAAAAAACCCUGCUGCACCGGGCCGGACUGUCAACUGCUUGCAAGCUAGCUGCAGGAACGAGUGGGGAAAUCAAAAGAAAUAAAAAAGAAAAACACUAUUCAUUCUUAGGGGGUCGCUUUCAGCGAAAUAAAGAGGGUUCGAAGACCGCAGAGGCGAAGGGUGCAGCGGACGCCAAGAGGAAAAGACACCCCAGCACACUCGGGUGGGUACCCCGACUCUGCUCUUCAUCUCUUCCGCUCAGCAGCAUCUCCUCGGACUGCCCCGCCACCCCGCUUGCCCUCCAGAGAAGGGGACCAUGAUUUGGAAACGCAGCGCCGUGCUCCGCUUCUACAGCGUCUGCGGGCUUCUGCUCCAAGCGGCUGCUUCAAAGAGUAAAGCUAAAGGCAGCCAAGGGCAGUUUCCACUAACACAGAAUGUAACGGUUGUUGAAGGCGGAACUGCAAUUUUGACCUGCAGGGUUGAUCAAAAUGAUAACACCUCCCUCCAGUGGUCAAAUCCAGCUCAACAGACUCUCUACUUUGAUGACAAGAAAGCUUUAAGAGACAAUAGGAUCGAGCUGGUGCGGGCUUCUUGGCAUGAACUGAGUAUCAGCGUCAGUGAUGUAUCACUCUCAGAUGAAGGACAGUACACCUGCUCCUUAUUUACAAUGCCUGUCAAAACUUCCAAGGCCUAUCUCACUGUUCUGGGUGUUCCUGACAAGCCUCAAAUUAGUGGCUUUUCAUCACCAGUUAUGGAGGGAGAUUUGAUGCAACUGACUUGUAAAACAUCUGGUAGUAAACCAGCAGCUGAUAUAAGAUGGUUCAAGAAUGAUAAAGAGAUUAAAGAUGUGAAAUACUUAAAAGAGGAAGAUGCAAACCGUAAGACAUUCACUGUCAGCAGCACACUGGAUUUUCGAGUGGACAGGAGCGAUGACGGUGUGGCAGUAAUUUGCAGAGUAGACCAUGAAUCCCUCAAUGCCACCCCUCAAGUGGCCAUGCAGGUGCUAGAAAUACACUAUACACCAUCAGUCAAGAUUAUACCAUCCACUCCUUUUCCACAAGAAGGACAGCCUUUAAUUUUGACCUGUGAAUCCAAAGGAAAACCACUGCCAGAACCUGUUUUGUGGACAAAGGAUGGUGCAGAAUUACCAGAUCCUGACCGAAUGGUUGUGAGUGGUAGGGAGCUAAACAUUCUUUUCCUGAACAAAACGGAUAAUGGUACUUAUCGAUGUGAAGCCACAAACACCAUUGGCCAAAGCAGUGCAGAGUAUGUUCUCAUUGUACAUGAUGUUCCCAACACUUUGCUUCCCACUACUAUCAUCCCCUCCCUUACCUCUGCACCAGUCACAACCAGUGUAGCCAUAACCAACAGCCCAACCCCAUCUGCAACAACCAGCAGCUUAAGAGAUCCGAAUGCUCUGGCUGGCCAGACUGGGCCUGAUCAUGCUCUUAUAGGAGGAAUAGUGGCUGUAGUGGUAUUUGUCACGCUAUGCUCUAUAUUUCUGCUUGGUCGAUAUCUUGCAAGACAUAAAGGAACGUAUUUAACAAAUGAAGCUAAAGGAGCUGAAGAUGCACCAGAUGCUGACACAGCCAUUAUCAAUGCUGAAGGCAGCCAAGUCAAUGCUGAAGAGAAAAAAGAGUAUUUCAUUUAAAAUGCAGGCCAAGAUUCUGAGUUUUACUUACCAGGCUGGCUGCUGGAGAAACUGGCUAUCAUCUUUCAGAAUUCAUUUCUACCAUCUUCUGCUACCUUUAUUAACUUUCAUUCUGUACUGCUCUCAGUAGCCAGUGUAUACCAACAAUCAGCUGUCGAAAGCAUCAUUCUUUUAUUACUGUACCAUCCACAAUACAGGACAUUUCUUACUGCCUAAAUUCCACACCAUUGCUCUUUUAACAUACAGUGCUUGAAUAUACAGCCUUAACAAUGUUAAUCACCUCCUUGGAUCAUGGUAUUGAAUUGUUUCUAUACAUUGAAAAAAAGUGUAUGCUGAGUUUUUUUGUUAUUUUUUUUUCUCCCCUUCAUUUCUCCCCUUGUCAGUUUGCCAAUGGUCAGCUUUCACAAGGGAAGGGAUUAGGUAAAUGCCUAAUCAGCUUAAAUUUAAUCAGAUUAGAGGUUUACAAAUGUUUUCUACAUGUCCAUUUUCCAAGACAUGUUUGAAAACAUAUGCCCUAGAAACACAACUGAAAACAUUGUAGUGUAGAUUCUAGAAUGCAAGAUUACACUGUAAGGCUGUAUCAAUUUUCUAUUUAAAUUUAUAGUAUUUGAUACAGCAGCCAUGUGUAUGAAUUACAAUCAUGACAUGACAUCUUAUAUUAUGAUAUUGAUUCUUCCAUUAGGUUACUUUUAGCUUCAUUUUCCAAUAAAUGUCCCAAGUAUUUCGCUGCUUUUGAAAUAACAAAGAUUUCAUUCAUUUCUCUAAUUUGGUUCUAUAAUUUAUUUGUUCCACAAGAACUCACCUGCCUAAACAAAAUUGAAGUAUCCAUAGGGCACAAUUUUGAGACAUUUUAGUAUCUGUAUAUAGUGCAUAUAAUAAAUCCAAUUAAACAUUAUUUGAUACAUAUUUAACUUUUUUGGCUGUAUGUAAAUCAGUCAUAAGUAAGCAUUUUCUAAUGUCCAUGAUAUCCCUUUAGAUAUUAUUACUUAAACCAAUAUUAUAAGUAGAUAACAUGUAUUAGUAUUUUUGUCUGUAUGUCCUAGCACUGUUCAACAAAUUUUUCUAGUUCUUGUUAAUUUUUUUGUUAUACAAUGGAAGCACAAUGUUCUAAGGAAAGGUAAUUUUAAGCUAACAACCAGUGCACAGCCUCAGGUUUAAAUUGCAACCACAGUGGAAUAAUAAUCUAAAAUUACAGUCUUAGUUUGCUAAAAUUCACACAUUUUAAUUUGGCAGUUCUAGAACUGCAUACCUAUGUUGGUUUGCUUUUUGGCAAAGUGUUUAUGAUAUGUUUUCUGUGUAAAUGAUCUAAUUCCUUAUAUUAAAUUCCUGUCUAUGCAUUCUGUGAGGUACAAACUUAUGAAACAGUGAGUGAUAGAGAAUUUCUGCCAUGCUUUUAACUCCAAGGUGAAAGUCUCUUUCUCUAAAUUAUUUCUGAAAUUUUGGUGUAUUUAACCAUUAAGAAAUGCUGUAUUCAUAAAUAUGACACAGAAUCAAUCUAAAGUCAUAUUAUUUCUCCUAGUAUCUCAAAAUCACUAGAUUAGUUUGCAUUAAGUUUAUUGUAUGCUAAAGUUUAAAAAUCCAGUUAGAUAACAAUUAUUUUCCCAUUCACAAGCUUUGCACCUUUAAGAAGAAAAUAAAUAUGACAAACAAAAUGGUAGCUAUACGAGUGAUGACUGAAAGGCAUGAUGGCCUAUGGUUUGAAAAGUAAUAGCCUGGAAUUUAUUUUGGGGGAACUAGAAUGGUUGAAUAUGACAUCAUGUAUGAAUAUCAGAUGAAAGACAAGGGUGCUGUAUCAUAGAUUAUUUAUCAAAAGUAUAAAUCUUUUAAAAAUCUUAGAAUUUUUAAAUUAUUUUUUAUUGUUGAAGCAUUUAUCUUGUUGAUUUCUUACAAGAGGAAAAAGGACGAUGUCAGUCAAGCAGCACUUUUUCAGAAUAUACAGAACAUAAAUAAUAUGAUGUGGUUGAGUGUUAACAUAAUAAAUCAUAUACAGUAUGACAUUUUAAGGAAAUAAGUCUGCAUUGAUGUGAUUGCAUGCUUGUUUUUACAGUUCACUCCAUACCAUCUGUGGAAAAAUGCAAUAAUAUGUUAAUAUAGUAUGGUAGUUUGAGAGAAUCAGGUAGGUGCUACUAGACACAUUGAAACUAGAAUAGGUUUAUAAACUGUUCAUAUCUUUCAAUGCAUAACCUUUAGAAAGAUUCCACAACGCAAAAUUCAUCCUGUUAGUACAAAACGGAAAGGUUCUUAUUACAGAAGUAAGUUGUAUAAACUGCAUCAUCAAUUACUAUUUAAAGACUAAUUUCAGGAUGUACUUACAAAAUUGCUACCCUUCAUCGAUGCUGUAUUUACAUCCCUCUUCAUUUCAUCUAUAUUCUACUUGGCUCCAACUGCUAAAGUGUUGCCUAAAUAACUCAAUAAUUAUUUAUAGCAGUAUAAAUUAGGAAUCCAAAAUUGGCUGCACUUCAAAAUAUCUGAGUUUUUUUUAACCCUUUAGAGUAAUAGAAAAGCUUACUGAAACUCUCUUGGAAACAUAUGAAAAACAAUUAAUUUAUAUAAUAUAAUUUGUGGGCUCUAAUAAAAUGUUUCUCCAGUUCAUUUUAAAGUACUAGAAUUAGAUGUUAUCUUUAGUCAUUGGAAAAAAUUGACAAUUAAACGACAUGAUGCUCUUUCCAUAAAAUUUUCUAUUUUACCAAUUUAAAUUUUUUAUUUUUAAAAAUAUCAGCAAAAAUAAGGUAACUUUUCCAUGGAACUAUGUCAAUGACAGUAUCUGAAAUGUACACAUUUGUGUACAUAGAGCCAAAUUUUGUCUCAGUUUAGUGAGCACAGUAGCUCUGGAACUCAAUGUAAGCUACUCCCCACACACCUAGUAGAAUAUGGAACAUUAUUCUUUAAACUAAUGUAGCUAUUCUCUGCUUAUGUACUGUUUACAGCAUAGCCUGAUUGCUCAUCAUCAGAAAAGUGUAAACAGCAUACUCUUUAUUCCCUUUUUUAUUUCUGAGUAUCCUAGAUAGAGUGAUUAUAAAAAUAAGGAAGGAAAAGCAAGUGCGAGUAGGAGAGCAAACAGAGCAUAUGAACAGAUUAAUAAUGGCUGUAUGGUGCGUGCGUGCUUGCAUGUGUGUGUGUGUGUGUGCAACAGAGUAUUAAUGAUUUGUAUUAUGUAUGACUGCGUAUGGAAAGAGUGAGAGAGAGGGAGUGAGAGAGGCGAGAGAGUCUUCAACUUGUCUUCUUUUACCAGAGAAUUCAAGAAGCAGUUUAAAGAACCUGAUAAUGGAAUUAAGGUAGAAUCUGGAGGACCCCAUAUCGCUGCAGGAUAUUUAAUCUUGCCUUGACACCCCACAAUUGAAAUAAUAGGAAAAAAAAAAGAAAAUUAACUUCCUUAAAAAUGGCAAAGAAGCUAACACCUCAUUUAUUUUUUAUUCCUUGUAAAAAAUAUAAAUAUCUCAACUCAAAGGACAGGCUCACUUGUAAUUAUGUAUUCAUGAUUGUAACAGCAUUGAGAUUCCAUAUAGGCACAUGUACAGCAACUGUCUGAUGGUGAUGGCUCUUCCAUGUAACAUAGCAGUUAUCGUGUAAUUUAGUGCCACUUAUUGCAAAGUGUUACUAAGGAGAACACUUACCAUUCUUUUCCUUUUUAUUUGCUUUGGAUAUUAGGAUAUUUUAAGAAUGAGGAAUCUGAAAUCUCACGUUACAUUUUUUUUAAUUGUGGAAAAAAUACAAAACCUCAUAUCUUAUUGCAACUACCCCCGUCAUCCUGCUAAUUCGAGCCCUUAAAAAUGCUCCAUAUUGCCUGACCCCUUGCAAAUGGUAACCUUUGGUGAAAAAAAUAACGAAACAAAUAAAAAUAAUGGCAAUGACAGCUAAAGUAAAUGAAACGCCUAAUGAAAUUACCGAGUAAUGCUUUUUUUAAGUGGCACAAAGUACACACUAAAAACUAUGCAAAAUAUAGGUAACUACAGUGUACGUACAUGUAAGUAUCUUGUACUUGCUGUGUAUGGAUGUUGGAAACCCAUGUAAUUAUAAUAUGCAUUUUGAAUAUUGGGAAAGAGGAAAUCUUAGUGUAGAUAAUAGAACUUGUUUUGAAAUAGACACUGGCAAUAUUGAAAAAUACUCAGUGCAAUAUUUGCAAUUCAACUGCUGAAUAUUAAGGCAAAGGGACUUUAAAGAACUCUUCAAAAAAAGAUCCAAGAAGCUGCUAAUCUACAGUUUUCACACAUUAGAGUAUUAAUUUAAAAUGAAACUUUAAGUUUUCUUAAAGUUAUCUUGAUGCAAAAAUUCUUUGAUCCAGUUUUUUUCACAAUGUUGGAGAGAAAGAAAAAAAUCCAAGUUUUAAAGUUUGAUUCUAAUCUAUUUGAAUUUGAAAAUUUUAAGCUUUCUUUAAAUAUGGGUAUAUUUUAAUGGUCUAUGGUAUGUAUUUUAUAAGAACCAAUGUAUGUAAUCAAAGAAUAUUUAUAGUUAAGAUGGUAUUCCUUAAUAGUUUAGGAGUUGUUUUAAUGCGAUUUAAAAUUUUGAUUAAUUUUCCCUUUCUCUCCUCAUUCUAACCCAAACAUACCCUUUGCACUUACACCCUUCCAAUGGUAAUGGAUUGAAGGUAGCAAGAUAAAAAGAGAGCUCAAGGGAACAACAUAUAAGAAUGGGUUCAUAACUCAUCAGCAUUUUUAUGUAUUGAGAUUAAUAAUGAAUGCAAUAGUUAUUGGAUAUAGCUGGUAAGUUCUCUGCCAUGCAUACUUACAAUAAUCCUUCUACCUCUCACUUGUAACAUGGGCUAUGAUACUUCAAUAUAAAUAGAAGAAAUAAUUAUUACAAGAUAUCCCAGGAUGCACUCUUUUGGGACUAUCUUAACAGUCCACUCCCCACCCCUGGGAAAUCUCAAAAGCCAACUACUUUUACUGUAUUCAGCGGUGUAUGGAUUUGCAUUUGUUUUCCUUUUCUAUCAUUAAAUGCUCCUAUAGGCAAUGGACCAUAACUUUAUAAGAACAGUUCUUCUCAUGCCUACUUAAUAUUUCAAUGUAAUAUAACUGUGUUGAUUAAAAAUAUUUAAAUGGCAACACUUUGCAAUCUAAUCUGACAUUUCAUAUUUAAAUCACAAUAAUUUAUUAAAAAUGAAUGAUACCAUUGUUUAAAUGAAAACAAUGUAUAUUAUUUUACUUUCCUCACAGUAUUAUGUAUGUACUAUGUAAGAGAAAAUAUUUAAAUAUGUAAGACAAAAAUUAUUUUAAACUGCUUUCUUUUUAAUGAGUGAUAAAUGCAAAGUAUUGCCACAAACACCAGUUAAUUUUGUCUUCUUAGACAUAGUAAGACUUUUUUUUAAAAAUGUAAUAAUUAUGUUGAAAGGAAACAUAUUCAAAGCAGAGUUUCCUCUAGUGGAAAAAAUAAGAAUUACAAAAUCAUGUCUCAAAUGAUGAUGCUGAACCUAUAAAAUAUGUUUAAUGUAAGAUGUUUUUAUGUUAUGUGAUUAUGUUAGAAAUAAUAUUUGGUCCAUUCUUUACCAUAUUUUCCAUAUGUGUGGAAUAUAUAUGUAUAUAUAUGUAAGGAUACAUAUAUAUACAUGUAGUAUAUAUACUAGUUAGAGGAAAUGUAUGGUCAUUUGUAGAGAAUGGAUCCAAAUGUGAAAAAUAUGUAAAGAAAAAAAAAACACUAUUUCCCCCCCUGAAAAUUACUGUAUAUUUAAAAAGAAGAAAAGUUCAAAGACAUUUGAAGAUUGCAGGGGCAAAAGAAAAUCCUACCAGGGCUCAGCACUUAAGCACUUUUCCCACAUCCAGGGUCAGAACAGCAGAGAUUCCUACAUGGACUUUUCAAGUGCGGUAUGAAAUGCCACAUUACACUUCUCCUAUACACAGUACUGUCAAACCUCAAAUGUUUUCUUUCUUCAAAUGCGUUUCCUUGUACAUGAUACUAGUAGAUACUUUUCUCUUUAUAUUUGCUGAUAGUUAAAGUUAUAUGCAAUAAAAUAUUUGGUGGUCACCAGUUGGUUAAAAAAAAACAUGAUAUGUAAAGCAACUGUUAUCUCUAUCCUUUUGCUUUCCCCUGUGUUUCAAAUGUAUUGAAUGAGUCUCAAAUAGAAUCAUAAUUUUAGAAUAAUUUAAAAACUCUUACUCUUUAUCCUUAUCGCUGUAUAAAAUUUUAAUCUAUUACCAAUUUAUUUCACUGUACCUGCUGUACUUAUUGUAGAUUCAAUGAUGCAGUUAAGUAUUAACACAAAGUUUUGUGAAUUUGGGAAUACCGACCUAUUUUCUUAAUAUUGAGUUCACAUCAAUAUUCGUGAAUUGGUUGUUUAGCUUUUCAUUCAACCAAAAAUAUCCCCUCAAGAAAGCUCCAUUUUUAUCAUAAAUAUUUCAGCAUAACCAACAUUGGAACAAGUCUGCCAUGUUAAAAAUAAUUUAAAGACUUAUCUCUGAAAAUGGUACUCAGAAAUGUGAUGUUCCCAGUAAUGUAGCUUCAAAAAUAAAAUGUUCUAUUUAAAUGACAAGAAAUUCAUAACUUUUGGAAGGGUAUAUUUAUAACAGCAUAAGAGCAUAUUCUGUGCUGUGAAAUUAGCCCAAAUCAAACAUAUUGCACAGAAAAUAAAGUAACAUGAUUAUUGAAUCUACUUGUUAUCAUUAACAUUUUCAAAAAACAAAAUGCAUAUUGUAAUAUUAGGUACAUGACACUUGCAUGUUGAUCUGCCUAUAUACUUACAAAGUAUUCAAUGUGUACUUAGUGGCGCUUAAAAUAUGUCAUGUACAACUCUUAUAAACAUUCUUACAGGGUUCCCAUUUGCACUUCAUUCUUUCAGUAAAGUCUUGUCAGAAAAAAAUGUCUGAUACAUAUGGAGAAAUAAAAUUUGAAUUUUAGUUA